AUGUCUUCCCACCUGCAACCGGGCGAUGAAGUACAAGAUUUAAAAAGUUGUUCUCUAGACUUGUCAGGUGAAUACACCACUAUUGGUACGAAGGAUGACGGGGUAGAAACUUGGCGCAUACUGACAAGCGAACUGGUGGCAACCGCGAUGCUGGUAUUCCUGUCCUGCCUGCCAGCGUGUGGUGAAUCCUCACCGCUGUUGACCCGCGCAGUUGCUGCAGGCCUUACCGUGGCGCUUCUCGUUCAGUGCUUCGACCAUGUAUCGGGGGCGCACAUGAAUCCAGCCAUCACGCUGGCGGCAGUGUUUAGUGGACGUGUUAGUAUGGCGCGGGGUGUAGGAAUGAUGGUAGCUCAAGCAAUUGGUGCGAUAUCUGGCGCAUUAGCGGCAGUGAUGUUAAACAAUCGCAAAUCCUCUUACUGUGUUACGAUGCCAAAUGGAGUAGUAUGGCGUGCAGCGGCUGUAGAAGCAGUAUGUACUUGCUGCCUGACACUGGCCAACCUGAGCGCCUGGGACAUCCGUAACCGACGUUGGCACGACUCGUGGCCAUUACGUGUUGGCCUUGCUGUUUCGGCGUUAACACUUGCCGCGGGCGAAAUAUCUGGGGCCAGCUUCAACCCGCUCCGGAGCUUCGCGCCCGCUCUGCUCUCUGCCCACUGGGACCAUCAUUGGGUUUAUUGGGUUGGACCGCUAGGUGGAGCGUCGGGGGCUACGGCCCUUUACGUUGCCUUAUGGCGGCUUCACUGA